GGACGUUGGUUAGAUCAGGUUAGACUAGACUGUACUCGUCGUGUUUACGGUUGUCUCUUUGUAGUCUGACUUAAACGUUAGAUUUGCGUAUAUAAUAUUAUUAAUAUAUUCCUUAUAUCGUUUUCAAGUUUUAUUUUAAUAAUUGGAGUGCAUCAUGGCCACAGACGAUUCGUGGAAAACGCAACACUUUCGUCAGAGCGUUGUCGCGAAAAUUGACGAAGCCAUACAAGUGUCUGGUAUGCCUACAACAAAGAAUAGCAUAGAAAUGGAGAACCAUGUCUUCCAGAAAGCUAAAUCUAAGGAAGAGUACCUGGGUUUUGUUGCAAGAUUAAUUCUUCAUGUCAGAGAAAUGAAUUCCAAGAAGGGUGCGGCUGGCAAUGCAGCAGGUACUGCUGGCACCAACAAUCAAGGCAUGCCUGAUCCAAUUGGUGCUCUUCAGACAUUAGCACGCCAGGGCACGGGAAAUAAUCAAAUGAUGGGCAUGGGUGGUCCGGGUCCUAAUCAUCAGGGCAUAAUUCCGCAACCAUCUGCAAAUACCGCAACCAAUCUUUUGCAAAGUUUAAAUCAACGACCUGGCCAACCAAUGAAUAUGCCUGGCAUGCAGAACAAAAUGCCAGGUAUGGGUAUGAUGCCGUCGCAAACUGGCGGUCCAAUGAAUCACAUGGGCCCGAUCCAAACUAUGCAAAACAAUCCCAUGUUGUCUCAAAUGAAUCAGAUGGGACAGGGAAAUAUUCCUCCACAAAUGAAUCAAAUGGUGCCUGGGCAAAUGGCCCAAUUGGGCGCUGGACAGAUGCAACAGAAUAUGCAGACUCAGAUGCAGAAUCAACUACCAGGUCAAAUGAACAAUCAAAUUACGGGGCCAAUAGGCAAUAUACAGACUAGCAUGCCGCAACAGAUGAAUCAAAUUGGUCCUGGACAAUUAGGCCCUGGUCAGAUGCAGCAGCAGUUAAAUCAUAUUCAAAGAAAACCAGGUGAAAUGAUGAAUGCUGGAUUUCCUGGCCCACGUAACGUUACGCCUAAUCAGUUCUUGAGGCAGAGUCCAUCUCCUUCAGCUCCAAGUCCGGCUGGUUUGGGCGCACCAUCGAGUAAUCAAAUGGUAGCCUCGCCCGCUCUAGUACCAUCGCCAAGUCCUCAGCAUGCCAUUAUGACAGGACCAACUCGUUCUGUAAAUUCCGCAGGUAUGGCACCGUCUCCAAGCAGUUCGUUAAAUACCCCCGGCGGUGUGGGCGCUACACCAAGUCCUCAGCAAGAAGAUCAGGCUUACAGAGACAAAGUCAGACAGUUGAGCAAAUAUAUAGAACCAUUACGAAGGAUGAUUGCCAAGAUGAGCAGUGAAGGAAAUGUCGAUAAACUCAGCAAAAUGAAGAAGCUCUUGGAAAUUCUGUCGAAUCCCAGUAAACGUAUGCCGUUGGAUACAUUGUUAAAAUGCGAAGUUGUCUUGGAGAAGUUGGACUUCAAGAGAGGGGACGGAAGUGUGGGGCCACCAGUAACGACGUUGAAGGAGCACCAAAUUUUCAGCCCUCUGCUAGAAGCCGUAAGCGCGCAUCUCCAAAGUCCAGUAAUCAACCACACGUUGCAGCGCACUUUUGGACCAUGCUUGGAUGCCUUGUUUGGACCAGAGAUAAAAAAUUUGCCACCACCCUUGAAGAAGCAAAAAAUAGAGGAAUCAUCCAGCGAAAUACCAGACGUCCUACAAGGAGAAAUAGCUAGAUUGGAUCAACGAUUUAAAAUCAGUCUAGACCCGGCCCAGCAAAGUGGAUCAAAAUGCAUACAAUUGAUAUGCUGGCUCGACGACCGUCAUCUUCCGUGUGUUCCACCGAUCUCUGUUACGGUUCCGGCAGACUAUCCUUCAACGCCACCUCGUUGCGUCAUGGCACGGCACGAGUACGAGGCAACGACAUUCCUGUGUGCUGUACAAAAGGCCUUAAACGCCCGCAUCGCGAAACUACCGCGUCGUUUUUCGCUUUCUCAACUAUUGGACACAUGGGAGAUGAGUGUGCGACAAGCCAGCGCACCAAAGGAAACUUCUAUUACUGCCAGUACAGUUCUGAUGGGUUUAUAGUACAAAUUGCAUAAACAUUCAAUAAUAUUAAAGAUAGAUCAGUUAAUCAUAGUCGGAAACGUAAAGCAAUAACGGUAAAAAUGGAUUUACUACUUAUAUAUUAUUGCUUACGUUUUCUAUGUGUCACUGGUCUUAUGCAACUAGGUUAUUAUGUUCAUAAUGUUCAAAAAUGUUUAUUCAACUAGGUUAUUAUGUUCAUAAUGUUCAAAAAUGUUUAAAAAAAUAAAUAAAUACAAAAAUCUGUAAUACCACAAA